AUGAGACAAGACAAAUCCCAAUAUCAAUUCAAGGUUAACCUAUGGACCGGCAUAUUAAAUGGAAAAGUAAUUGGGCCCUUUGAGUUACAAGGAAACUUAGAUGGCAAUAGUUAUUUAAACUUUUUACAAAAUGACUUGCAAGAAUUGUUAAACGACGUGCCCUUAAGUGAUCUUCAAAACAUGUGGUUCCAAAAUGAUGGUUGCCCAGCACAUUAUGCCCGUCCUGUGCGAGAAUAUUUAAAUCAAGAGUAUCCAGGGCGUUGGAUCGGGCGACUUGGUCCUAUCUUAUGGCCACCCCGUUCACCCGAUUUGAAUCCCCUGGACUUCUUCUAUUGGGGUUGUCUUAAAAACAGGGUCUACUCAAAACCCAUUGUGACAUUGGACGAGCUUCGUCGAAAUAUCACUCAGGCUGCUGAUUACAUUAAUAGCAAAAGAUAUGCAAGACAAAUAAAACGAUCAUUUUUAAGGCGAUGUCGUGCAUGUAUUAAUGCUGGUGGCAAACAGUUCGAACAUUUGCUAUAA